CCGCUGUAAAUAUCUGUGUAAACUCUUAAUAGACUCAUACACAUAAGCUAUGUAUAUCCAAACAAUUCGCUUCAAAAAUAUUUGGGCUGAGAAAAACAUUAUUGGAAAAGCUGUUUUUUUCCCUUCCUGUAUUGAAAGGGACUUAGACUUGAGCCUUUAAAUCCAGCAUCACUUAUUAGCAUGAUUCUAGGAGUCGCAAAGGUUUAUAUAAGACUUUAAAACAUUUAAAAUAUGUUUUUUUCACAUUUAAAAACAAACAACACAACUUUAAAAUUGGAUCUUUUGGGCUGUACCAGAGCUAGAGGUGGGUGUUGUGUGACUUUCCCAUGAUUUGAGUACCUUAUCCUUCACCCAGUAGACUGCAGCAUAUUUUUUGGUGUCUGGCUGUCGUGGCCUCAGAUACUUACAUGGCUGCAACUACUGCAGUUUCUCAAUGCUUCUGGGAGAAUAUUAUUACCUUAACCAUACUCGUGAAUACCAAAUACUUGCCUUUAGCACAGAUGAACUUUGACAAGGCUUUUGGUACUUUUUGGAAAGAAGGGCUGAUCUGGAGGAAGUGCACUAACAAAUACAACAAGAGCAAGGGCAGAUUUCACAUGCCAACAGGGAACACCGUGCUGAAACCUGUCAGGUCUUGGCCAUGUAGAAGCUGAGCUAGUCAGAAGUCCCCCAUUUACUUUGUUUGGCUGUCGUACAGUCUAUUGUGUACACAAGCAACUUGUGAUCUUCGACAGUCAUUUACUUUUGUGUUAUAUUUAACGCUUUUCUUGACAGAAGCAAUGAGAAACAGAGGGAGAUACUUCUGCUUGAAUGUAGUUGAUGGCUCAGAGUCAACUACAGCUGCUAGCCUGGCAAUAAUUUGAAUUAUAGCAAACACAUGGGAAGAGUGAAAAAGAAAGAUGCAGGGCAAAUAAAAAUAAAAUAAUCAUCACCAGGGAUAUUUCUUAAGGAUAAUUUUAUUAAAAGUUCAUGUUUGAAGUGAUGCCAUCCUUUUCAUUCUCUGUAUUCAAUUACCUUUCUGAAGCUUGGCAUAGCUAUUCUGAUGUGCAGCAGAAAUACUACAUCAAAGGUGAACGUUUGAAUCCUGGCUGAAAAAUAAAACAGAGGGUUGGUGGGGCACAGAGCAGGGGGGAGAACCCCCAGAUGACUAAGAGUUCUUAAAAGUAAGAUAUAAAAGAAAAUAAUCAUUUCUCUCCCCUGACAAAUGGUUCAAAAAGUAGCCAACAGUUUGGAUCUGGUCUGUCACAUUGCAUACAAAUGAAGAAACUGUCACCAUCGGUUUCCUUUGAAAGCUUUUGAUCUUAUCUUCUGUAGUAAAGGGCAUGUGACUUGAUCAGGGCUUUUCCUCUCUGAUACAUAGUCAGAGUCCUGAUCUGAAAUAUCUGUGACAGAUUUCUCCACUCAAUUGCUACAGUAUUAUUUCCCCCUCCCCUUUCCCUUUAUUGCCUUUGUCUGUGGUGGGUAUGGUUCACCCUUCCCUUUCCAUCCAGGAACACCAGGUUCCUAAUCUGGUAAUUUCCAGCAAAUCCUGUAUAUUUCAGCUUAGUCAGUAGUAGUAUCAUACCUGUUUUCUCUCUGCUUGUCAGGCCUACUUUUUUUUCUAGUAAGAACAGGAAGGUGGAUUCAAAAUAACUUGUAAACACACAUUGGACAUAGAAUUCUCCCCAGAAAUGAUGGGAUAUAUAUUCUGAUAAUUAAUUAAGGAUUGUUUUGUUGCCAAGUACUUUUAAAUGGAAGAUUUGAAUACGUUUGGUCAGUAGUGUCAGGGGACAGUAGUGGAAGGAAAAGAUUUUUAUGGACCUCUUACACUUUAAAAGCAUGGUUUCUGUAAGUGUUUAUAUUUUAUUAUGAGCCAGAUUAACUCAUGUGCUGUAUUUGAUUAAUAUUUUCGUUCAGAACUAGUGAAGUCAAGGAAGAUUUUCCUGAAGGGCUAAACUCUGCUGCUGUGGCAAUUGAUGGCAAAACUGUCUUUGACCUCAUUACUGUGAGAUGAUGCUGGGAGGGAGUUGAAAUGGGAACUGAGCCCCAGGAGGUCUCACCAGGCUCCUCUUUGCAGAGGAAAGGCCAGAACAAGGUACCCUUGGGUCUGUGUGUUGUCACCGCUGAGCUUUGCUGCCGAGCUCCCAGUGGAGGACGCCCUUGCUGAUGGUCACCCUGGAGUUGGUUUCUGCCCCCAGUGGGACCCUGCAGCUGGGGGAACUAGUUGCAAAACCUGAGGCUUGCAGCAGAGACAAAGUUUAUACUGAGUUUUUGUUUUCUCUUGUGUUUUUGGGGUUAUUUGGGGUUUAUUUUUGUGUUUUUUCUGAGGAAGGUAAAGCAGUGAUUUGAGGUGUCCAGGAAUUGUUUCUAGGCAAACUAUAGCUAAUUAAAAAAAAAAAAAAAAAAGCUGGAGUUAUUGAGUGCAAAGCAGCAUCUAAAUGGGUGAAAGUUAAUGGCCAGUGUUUGCACAGGAGGUCAGACUGGGUGAUCUCUUUUAGCCUGCAGCCAAUUAACCCCUGAGUAUGCGAUGCUGCAUUGCCCUGCAGCCUUGCAGGUGGGGAGUUGUCUAAGAGAAACCCAAAGCUUUCCCCGUCCAUAGGGGUGACUGGACUGGCGGUGGGCUGAGCAGGCUCUGCUUGGUUUUCCACUCAGCUUUGGUUGCAGGUGUGUCCCGUUACAAGCAAUGAGCUGGUGGGGACUGGAAGGAAGCCUGAAGUGUGCCAGUUCAUCGGGGAGGAGCAGCUGGGUAAAGUGCAGCAGCAAGUCAUUUGCAGUGCUGGUACUGAAAGCCCUUUCACACUGCAAUUUCGUUCAGUGAUUUUAACGCCGCUAGCCAUUAGGUGUGUUUACAUGGCUUCUCUGCAGAAUGUCAAGCAAAGAUCGACACAUUGAUUCUAGCUGUUCGUCGUACAUCAAGACGGAACCGUCGAGCCCUGCCUCUCUGACGGACAGCAUCAACCACCACAGCCCCGGUGGCUCCUCAGACGCCAGCGGGAGCUACAGUUCCACCAUGAAUGGACAUCAGAACGGGCUGGACUCACCUCCCCUCUACCCUUCGGCCACAGGGCUUGGGGGCAACGGGCCGGUCAGGAAACGGUAUGACGACUGCUCCAGUACCAUCGCUGAAGAUUCACAGACCAAGUGUGAAUAUAUGCUGAACUCGAUGCCCAAAAGACUGUGUUUGGUGUGUGGUGACAUUGCAUCAGGGUACCACUAUGGAGUGGCUUCCUGCGAGGCCUGCAAGGCUUUCUUCAAGAGGACAAUUCAAGGUAACAUAGAGUACAGCUGCCCAGCAACGAAUGAAUGUGAAAUCACAAAGCGCAGACGCAAGUCCUGCCAAGCCUGCCGCUUCAUGAAGUGUCUAAAAGUUGGCAUGCUGAAAGAAGGUGUCCGCCUAGACAGAGUACGUGGAGGUCGCCAGAAGUACAAGCGCAGAAUAGAUGCAGAGAAUAGCCCAUACCUGAACCCUCAGCUAGUUCAGCCAGCAAAAAAGCCAUAUAACAAGAUUGUCUCCCAUUUGCUGGUGGCUGAACCAGAGAAGAUCUAUGCUAUGCCUGACCCCACUGUUCCAGACAGUGACAUCAAAGCACUUACCACUCUUUGUGACCUGGCAGACAGAGAACUGGUGGUGAUCAUUGGAUGGGCUAAGCAUAUUCCAGGAUUCUCCACUUUGUCUCUAGCUGACCAGAUGAGCCUUCUGCAGAGUGCUUGGAUGGAGAUUUUGAUUCUCGGUGUUGUAUACCGGUCACUUUCUUUCGAGGAUGAGCUUGUAUAUGCUGAAGAUUAUAUUAUGGAUGAAGACCAAUCCAAAUUGGCAGGCCUUCUUGACCUUAACAAUGCCAUACUGCAGCUGGUAAAGAAAUACAAGAGUAUGAAGCUGGAGAAAGAAGAGUUUGUCACCCUCAAAGCUAUAGCACUUGCUAAUUCAGACUCGAUGCACAUAGAGGAUGUUGAGGCAGUGCAGAAACUUCAGGACGUCUUACAUGAGGCUCUGCAGGAUUACGAGGCCGGGCAGCACAUGGAAGACCCACGCCGUGCAGGCAAGAUGUUGAUGACCCUCCCGCUUCUGAGGCAAACCUCCACCAAGGCUGUGCAGCAUUUCUACAACAUCAAACUGGAAGGCAAAGUCCCGAUGCACAAACUUUUUUUGGAAAUGCUGGAGGCCAAGGUCUGACUAAAGCAUCAUGGGCUUCCCCAUCAUGCACGUUUUAAAAAAACAACAAAAAGUUAAAAAAAGGAAAAAAAAAAAAAAAAGGAAAAAAAAAAACCCCACAAAAACAAAAAAAGGGAAAAUAAACAAGAUAAUAAUGGCAAAGAAACUUAGUGUUUAAUUAAGGAAAAAAAUGACUGCACUGAUAUUUAGCAGCAAGACUGUGAAGCAGCUUUCAACUUUUUCUUCUGUGUCUUUCCGAUGCAGUUUUUUCUUUUCCUUUUCUCUCUUUUUUCCUUUCUGUUCUUUCCUUUCCUUUUCCCUUUUUCUCUUUUUCCUUUGCUGCUGAACUUUUUAAAAGAGGUCUCUAAUUGAAGAGAGAUGGAAGCCAGGCCUGCCAAAGGAUGGAAAUCCAUAAUAUGGAUGCCAGUGAACUUAUUAUGAACCAUAAUGUCCCCAAUGACAAAGGAAUCAAAGAGAGAACCAUCGUACCUAGCAGUACAGUACAACACGUUGAACUGACUGAAUGCAGUAUUAGAUUUCAUAGGAGCAGUCUCUAAUUAGACGACUAAGCGACGAUGCAUCGGCUGCUUCUUAUCAUUGCAUUUUCCAUCUAGAUCAGUUACAGCCAUUUGAUUCCUUAAUUGUUUUUUCAAGUCUUCCAGAUAUUUCUUAGGUUAGCUACAAUGUAACUUUUUCAGGGAAUAGUUUAAGCUUUAUUCAUUCAUGCAAUACUAAAGAGAAAGAAAUACUGCAUUUUUGUGCUGGCUUGAACAAUGAUGAACAAUAAUGAAGGACAAAUGAAUCCUGAAGGAAGAUUUUUUUAAAUGUUUUGUUUCUUCUUACUAACGGAGAUUUUUUUGUACCAGCUUUACCAGUUUUCAGCCAUUUAUUAAUGUGGGAAUUUAUCUUACUAAAGCAAUAGUCGAAGGGAAGGUGCAUAUUAUCACGGAUGCAAUUUAUGUUGUGUGCCAGUCUGGUCCAAAACAUCCAGUUUCUUAACAUGAGCUCCAGUUUAUAACUAAAUGUUCACUGACUCUCAAAGGAUUAGAUUACACCUACAGUAUAUCCGAGUAGUCUAACAUAGAAAUAACUCCGUGUCAAAUACCAAUCUGUAACGGUGUUAGGAGACAGCGACUGUACAGAGGUAUAGUUGCUACGUGAUUUCUAACUGCUUCAGUUGCAAAUGAACGAGAUACUGCCUGUUUGCAAAAUUAUAACCUCACAUGCAGAAAAAAACCCUAUGAACCAAUAGUAGCUUAGAGGCGAUAAGGCAAAUGCCGACGUUUGCAAAAUUAAGAAAUCAGAGUAGUAGACUUCUGACCAAAUUGAAGAAUUUAACACUUCUAUACCUUAUUUAUUGAUUUAGAUUUUACUUUGUAAAUGGCAAUCUUUAACAAGUAGCUAAACCAGUAUAUGUGCUUUUCAACCAGUAUUGUCACAGCAUGAAAGUCAGUCAGUUUCAAGACUGUUACGAGGUGUAAUCUAAUGUAUAAACCGAUUAGAUGCCCCCAGAAAACUACAGUCGCUAAAUAACCAAUAAACAAUAACCUCCAUCAAAUGCUAUACCAAUGUACCAGUGUUAGUAGCUGCUCCCUGUACUAUGUGAACAUCCUUAUUCUAUGUACACAGAUGUAAUUAAAAUUGUAAUCCUAACAAACAAAAGAAAUGUAGUUCAGCUUUUCAAUGUUUCAUGUUUGCUGUGCUUUUCUGAAUUUUUAUGUUGCAUUCAAAGACUGUUGUCUUGUUCUUCUUGUGGUGUUUGGAUUCUUGUGGUGUGUGCUUAUAGACACAGGGUAGAAUUAGAGACAAUAUUGGAUGUACAAUUCCUCAGGAGAUUACAGUAGUAUAUUCUAUUCCUUACCGGUAAUAAGGUUCUUCCUAGUAAUAAUUAAGAGUUCGAAACUCCAAACAAAUACUCGUUAUGAACAGAUACACACUGAAAUCAUAAUAUUUUCAAAACAAGGGAUAAUUUCUGUAACAGUUUAUUAUAGAAUACCAAUGUAUAGCUUAGAAAUAAAACUUUGAAUAUUUCAAGAUUAUAGAUAAGUCUAAUUUUUAAACGCUGUAAAUAUAGCUUUGAUUCAAUCAUCUCUCAGAUGUUGUUAUUAACUCGCUCUGUGUUGUUGCAAAAACUUUUUUGGUGCGGACAAGUUUCCAAAACUAUUGCUACGUUGUGUGCUUUAAACAAAAUAACAGUGGGCUGAUGCUCCAUCGGCCUCGUGCUAGG